AUGCGAAAGCGUCCGGAUCGACCAUCAGAAGAAAACCAAGAAGAGCUCUACCCGCCGACGGCUCUAGCUCGGAACGGAGUCAGCCCAUACUUCAUCGGCAAACCCCGUCGAAAGCAUGUAAACAUAAAUCACGGACCCGCCGCGGCGUCCGGACCACCUCUUCCCUUUCCACAUCGAGUAAUAGAUGAAAGAGACGACGAAGAAGAGACGGAAAAGGUGGUGAUUGAAGAAGAAGAAGAAGAGGAGGAAAUAAUCGAGAUUCCACUGAAGAGGACGGAAAAUUCUAAACGAAAGCUCGAAAAUCAUCCACUGAUAGGUGAAAAAUCGAGCAUCAAGCUCGAUGAUCUGGCUCAGUCGUUGAAAAAGUCGACAGAAGAGAACAAAAAACCGUCAUUCGUAAUGCGCGGAUUCGAUUUCGGAAGCGAUGAGAAGGUGGUCAAGAUUCGUGAUAAGAUAUGUGAUAUUGUGGAUCCGACGGGCGCCAGAAGGUCAGAUCCGAACUUUAUUCGUCAGAUGCAUGAAAACACCCUCAAGGGGAUCGAGGUGGCGUCGAACCCGAAUUUUAAAAGAAAAAGGUGCUGGUUCAGGCGAAAAAGUACCGAAAAAAGUGAAUAACUUGUAAUUGCCCCAUAGAGAGCACUUGUACAUCAAAUUUCAGAUAGAAUAUUUUCUCUCUCACUUGAAAUCAUUGUAGAGCCCCCACGAAAAACCGCGCCGCAAUCCAAUCGACUCUCGGCUCGAUUUACCCGUCAUUUAUGACCGCCGGCGGAUCGGAUCCGCACAAAGGCAAGUUUCAGGUGCCGCUGGACCGUCAAAACAGCACUCAAUCAAACGGAAGCCAAGGAGCAAUCGGCCUCCCCCGCAAAACGAUAGCUCCUGAAAUACCGAAACGCUCCUCGUUCACGAAUCCAUCGUCAAUUAUCAAAAAGGCGAUGGGAAUGGAGACGGAUGGCGGCGGAAAAGACGAGAAUGUCAGUGGAUUGCGGGCAGAACCGACGCUGAAGCAUUUCGAUGAGAAUAUCAUUUCACUCAUCGAAUCGGAAAUCAUGUCGGUGAACACUGAAAUCGGAUGGGAUGAGGUCGCCGGAUUGGAAGGAGCGAAAAAGGCGUUGCGGGAGAUUGUUGUGCUUCCUUUCAAGAGACCGUACGCUCUUACUGAACAAUUUCAAUAAUCUCUCUUUUUUAGAGAUGUUUUCACUGGAAUCCGUGCUCCACCGAAAGGAGUCCUUCUCUUCGGACCGCCCGGAACCGGAAAAACCAUGAUUGGCCGUUGCGUGGCGUCCCAGUGUCGGGCCACUUUCUUCAACAUUUCCGCCAGUUCCCUCACUUCGAAAUGGGUUGGAGAAGGCGAAAAACUGGUGCGCGCCCUGUUCUCCGUGGCCCGUCUCAAACUGCCGUCCGUCAUUUUCAUCGAUGAAGUCGACUCCCUGCUGUCCGCCCGUUCCGAAUCGGAGCACGAAUCGUCGCGUCGCAUCAAAACAGAGUUUCUGGUGCAAUUGGACGGUGUGAGCACUUCUCCGGACGAACGGCUUCUCGUCCUCGGAGCCACAAAUCGACCACAGGAACUUGACGAAGCCGCCAGAAGACGAUUCCAGAAAAGGCUGUACAUAGCGCUUCCGGAGCCCGAAUCACGGUCGUUGAUUGUGCAGAACUUGCUGAAAGGAACCCGCCACGAGGUCAACGAACAGAAUUUGGAGAAGAUUUCGCAGCUGACUGACGGAUACUCGGGAGCCGAUAUGCGACAAUUGUGCACUGAAGCGGCCAUGGGCCCGAUCCGGGAUUUGGGUGACGAAAUUGAGACGAUUGACAAGGACGAGGUGAGUUUUUCGGUGCUGCUCCGAAUCGGAACUUCCCGAAUCAGAACUGGUACGAAUCAAAACCGAUUAGCACUGAAAAUAGUUCUGAUUAGGGAAAUUCCGAUUCGGGGCAGCACCCGUUUUUCAUUUUUUGUAGGCGCAUUGCGGAAUGACGUCACUAGAAACUUAUCAAAUAAACAAAUAUCAUAAGGACUCUAUUUCAUAUGUUCUUGUUUUUCCCUUCAAAAUGUCACCUGCAAAUGCAAAUGCCCCCAUUCUAGUACACCUUUUCCGACAAAUUCCGCAAUCUUACUAGUGUUUGCGGAAAUUUUCGAAAAGUUGCGAAAUAUUCGCAAACAGCAGCAGCAUCCGCCUGGUCAGAUGACGACCAAGAGAAUGACGUCAGAAUCUCCUUUUUUCUAAAACUAACUUCAGAUCCGCGCCGUGAACGUGGCCGACUUUGCCGAAGCGUGCCGAGUGGUUCGUCCGACCGUCGAUGAAUCCCAGUUGGACGCCUACGCAGCCUGGGACAAGAAGUUCGGAUGUCUUCCGCCGCCACUUUCCCGUUAA